GAAAAAGAAAUGGCUACGGCGCAAGAUGAGUCGAGAAAUCUCGUGCAAAGAGCUGUUAUCCCGACCGAUUCGCAGAAAGCAGUUUCGGAGUACUUUAUAUCCAAGCAAGAGGAACGCCAGUCUAUCAAAAAAUAUCCAGAAUGGGACAAAGCGAGGGUUUGCCCGGCGACCGAGGUGAUCAGGGCUCGUCGAGAAUUAGCUGAGAUUAAUGAAAUAUUAAAGGAGAAACGAGAGGAACAGAAAAUAAGACGUAAUUACAUGGAUGAGCAAUGGGAGGAGGCGAGAGAGCAGCAAUUGCAGUUGCGGCAGUCUCUCAUAAAGUUUAAUACGUUCGUAAAGGAGAACGUCGAGAAGUGCGAGCGAGCUGAGCAGAAGAUCAAAGAGGAACACGAGCGUCAGGAAAAAUACAAGCAAGAAAUCGAGGAAUUGGAGCAGAAAGUGCAGUAUAUGAGAAACGUACGUGAUAAAAUGCAGCGGUUCGUAGGGGAAUACAGGAAGUACCAAAAUUACUUGGACAGGGUCGUGAACGAGACGGACGAGUUUCAAUCGAUCAACGAAAUUUUUAAUCGCUACGAAACUUUAGUCGAGGCCAGGCAGGCGUUGUCUGAUCGUCAAGACAAGAACCUUCGAAUGCUAGAAGAAAAAGGAGCAAAAAUACAUCACUUGACAGAAACCAAGACGCAAGUAUUGAUGGGACUGAAUAAUAAAUUGGCGCAAUUGCAAGAGAGGUACGAUCGAGCGAAAGCGGAGGCUUUGAAAUGGGAGACGAUCGUUUCGAAAAUAAAGGAAACUGCCGCGGCGAAGAACUUGGAGCUUACGCAAGUGAAGGCGUGCUGCUGGAACAUCUAUCAGCAGAUUUGCAAGAGGAAAGAGAUACCCGUCAAGGUGAGCAGCGAGGACGUCGAGCAACAGCUGAUUCACAUCAAGCGCACCAUCCUUGAAUUGAAGCAAAUUAUCAAGACCGUCAAGAAGAAGGCACGGGAAGAGAAAGGUUUGCCGCACGAAUAGAGGUAUCUAUCAUCCCAUUACCGCGACUGAUUGCGAUUUUGCGAUGUAGUAAA